ACCCUGCCCAGCCCAGUGUUGUUAGCAACACAAUCUGGCAACUUUGAGAGACACUUACGAGAGUCGGUGACUUUGACAAAAUGCAGCGGCUUGGCCUAGUGGAGUGGGACAGGCCUUUCUUCCUUUUUCUGCUCUUCAUUGCCUGGGCAAUAGAUCCAGAUAUCGGAGCUGAAGCUAUCGAGUUCAGAGACCUUCCUAAAACAGUGGAACUGGAAGAGAGUGCGGAACCAAAUUCAGUUGUGACUACCUUCUCUGUCAAUUGUACAAACACAAGCGAUGUGCCUGAUACAUUCCUGAAAAUCGUCGCCCCAGUUUCCUCUUUUUUCAACUUUCAUAUCUUAUCUGCUGGCAACUAUCAGGUGAGACUUAGUCCCAGUGCUGGUCUAGAUGCUAGAGUGGUGAAUCUGUAUGUCUUAAUGUUCACUGCAAAUUGUAGAGGAGAAACAAAAGAUGCUCAACUCUUCGUUCAAGUUAAUGAAACAAAGAGAAUAGUGUGCAAUGAAGGAUAUACUGAGAUAGGACGGUUGCGUAUACAAGUUUCAGAGGAUACUCGACCUGGAGAAACAAUCUACACAACUGUCUUGAAGAGGCGGGGCACAGGCAAACUGACCUUCACCGUUGAGAAUUCUUCUUUACCUUUUGACAUAACUUCAGAAGGAGUCCUGCAGGUACCUGCCACAGGUUUCACUCGUGAACAAGCUGGCAAGACAUUCUUUCUAAAAAUUGUGGUCAAGGAUGCUACCUCAAGAAGUUGUGAAGUGCCUCUGUCUAUCCAGGUGAACCCUGUUUACCAUAACAAAGUCAGUUUCAGGGAAUCAUCAGUUGCAUGUUCAAUACUGGAAAAUGUACCACCUUUGUCCAACGUCACACAGGUUCGAGCAAGUGGGGAAUCUGUGCUCUACCAGAUCAUCUCCCCAAGAACAAACCUUUUCACCAUUGAACCAGAUACAGGCAUCAUCAGGACCACAUACUACUUAGAUCUGAAAAACAAUCCAAUCUUAGCCAACACCCAGUUGGAGGUGAAAGCUUACAAUAUGUUCAACCACGCUGAUCAUGCCAUCAUCAUUGUCAACAUUACUGUGAAACAGGAGAACUUGGAAGGACCCUUGUGUUCUCCUGCUGUGAUUGUGACUGAGGUUCCAGAGAACUUUUUAAUUGGGAGCACCAUAUUGCCUCUGUCUUGCUAUGAUCCAGAGAACAUCAGUAGCAGCUUGACGUACAAUAUAGUCAACCAGAACCCACCUUAUGCCUUCAAAAUGGAUGGCCCAAAUUUUCAGGUAAAUAGCAGUUUGGACUAUGAUUCAAAAAGUAUGGCCGCUCGUAACUUUCCAUACAAAGCUGACAUUCUAGUGAUAGAUGAAGGAAGUCCUGCACAAACCACCACUGUUUCUGUGCUGGUGACAGUAAGACGAGUGAACGAAUUCCCCCCAAAGUGCUCGAAAUUGGAAUUCCGUGUACCAGAGAAUACUGAGUAUGGAUACAGCAUUGGCAAUGUCAGUGGCUCUGAUCAAGACUAUCCAUUCGACAACAUUGAAUACAGCAUAAUGGAUGCGGAUCCUAGAGUUUUCUACAUUAAUAGCCGUACAGGUCAGCUGCAUGUACUUUUGCCCCUGGAUUAUGAAGAUCAGAAAGUGUAUCAUCUGGCUGUCAUUCUAAAAGACCUGGAGAAUGAAGCAGCUCGCGGCACUCAAAAGACAACGACAUGUAAUGUCACGAUUUUCGUGACGGAUGUGAACGAUCAUCCUCCUACGUGUAAAGAAUCAUUUUUGAUGCGUUCCAUAUAUUCCACUGCAGCCAGAGACGUAACCAAUAUUAAUUGUGAAGAUAAAGACACGGGAACCAAACUGACCUACAACAUUGUUCGCGGCAAUGUAAAUGGCCGUUUUCGCAUGGUAGAACAAAGCCUUUUCCAUAACACCUUUUCCUACAGACCUGAUGGUAUAUAUGAUCCUCUUGUUUUUGUGCUUCUGGUGGAAGUGACAGACGGUCACUUCAGCACCAUGGUCACAGUUGUUGUUAAUGUGAUCCCUUGGGCCACAACUGUAUCUACUACCACCAUAACUACUACGACAACCCCCAAGAAGCCGAUUGUUUUGCACAGAACUGUGACAUAUUGGGCACCAGAUCCAUGGUUUGUGGUGGUUCUUACACUCACUGGAAUCCUCUUAUUUUCUGCGUUGGGUUUGCUGUUUUGGCAAUUCUGCCGGAGAAAGUCACCAGGAGAGAUAUCUCAGUCUCUAUUGCAGAACACGAGCAAAGAAGUGGGAAAAAAUUACAAGGUGACAGAAGAAGCAAGGAAGCAGAAAAGGAAGGAUGUCACUGACUUGCAGAGUCUGGAGCACCAAUUUGAUGGCCGGGCUCAAGACCCAGUCUCCGGCCAGUAUUAUCUGUUUGACAGCAGCACUGGAGCACGGCGUUGGGUGUGAACAUGGAGGAAAAUGAAGAGCCAGCUCUCUGGACACCAGCAACUCUCUGUCUGGUAUCUGCUGUAUCUGCUGAUAUGGUGGCAUAAGAGUAGCUUUCCAUUAGUUACAUGUAUUUUAAUAAUCAGAGGCUGUCACUUUCCUUUCUUCUUUUGCUCUGGUUUCCAUGGUUGUUUCAUCGGUGAAAAGUUCUUUCCACUAUUUAUGGUACCCCCAUAUCUGGAAAUUCUCCAUAUUAUACGAGAUGGUAACAAUGGUGAUAUGAUAUUAGAUGAAACAUCAAUCACUUGUCCCUCCUUACAAAGCCAUGUGUCUAUAUGAGAAAGUGCUGUAAUAAAAGUUCUUUUAGUGUUGCUUGAGUGCAGAAGAAUCAUAUGUCGACUAUAAGAUCUGGUUCAAAAACAAGGGAUAACAACUGAGUUUAAUAUUAAAUUAUCUAUAUCUCUGGUUAGGCAUAUUCACUUCUGUUGUAGCUCAGUGGUUCUGAAGAUUUGUGGCAUUUCACAAUAUAGCAUCAUGUAUAUAUUUAUUUCCAUCGAUUUCAUUUCUCUUGCUGAUUGUUGGGGAUACUUGAAUAACUGAGAAAUAAUAACAAGAAUUAUGCAGAGCAACAACCUGUUGGUCAGUAUUCCAAAGUCAAACACAGCAACAUGGGAUACAGUAAUUGUAAUUUUCUAAUACUUUAUUCAGUGCAAAUUAGGUGUAUUCAUGGUGAGGCAUAUUUUUUCCAGGCGCUCCCUAGGCAAAGCUUCACUCAUACUAGUGCUAUUAUAAUAUAAUAAAGUAAUAAAAAAGAAAUAAAAAAUCUUUCCCUGACAGAUAAAGCUAUCAGAAGUCAGACAUUUUUAGGGCAUGAAAUAGCAACUUCCAGACCAGCUGUGGUCCAAAUGCCUGUCAGAUUGAUUCCCUUUUUACUUCAAGGGGAUGUGUUGUUUUUCUGCUCAAAAUCUGGGGAUUAGUACUGCAGCUUGCCACUAACUUGUAACUAAGCCUAUUCUCCUUGAUAUCCUAAAAAAAAUCUGCCUACAAUGGCCAAUGAUUGUAUUUACAGCAUUGUAUUAUUUUAAAUAUUUGGAUAAUCUAAAUUUUGAUUAUGUAUGUAGUCCUAACAUUACAGUUUAUAGUAACUUUUUUUUUUUUGGGUGUGCAGUAGUCGCCAGGAUAAACUUGUGAUGUGAAAGUGCCCUCUGCUGGAGCAGCCAAUUGAAACAACUUGAUUUGUUACUGGAACUAAUAUAAGAUUAUACAUUCUCAGUGUUGCACAAUAAAGUAAUUAAUUGCUUAAUUAAGUACCCUGUUUCCCCAAAAAUAAGACAUCCCCUGAUAAUAAGCCCAAUCGGGCUUUUGAGCGCAUGUGCUAAAAUAAGCCUCCCUCCGAAAAUAAGCCUUCCCUGAAAAUAUUUAAUCGCAGAGCUGGAAAUCAGGUAAGACAGCAAGAGGAGCCCCAUCUUGCUCCACGCACCCCAAAAUAAUAAGACCUCCCCGAAAAUAAGGCCAAGCGCUUAUUUCAGGGUUCAAAAAAAUAUAAGACAGGGUCUUAUUUUCGGGAAAACAUGAUAAUUAAUACAAGUAAUUAAUGACAAGUAAAUAUGUUUAUAGUUCUAUAGGAUUCUAUGAUUUCUUUUUAAUAGACUAUUGGUAUGUUUAAUUGUUAAAUAUAUUGAAAUACAUAGUGGAAAAAAGAAAUUAUUGAAAUAGAAAGUAGAAAAAACAAAAAAGAUGGCUGUAUUUGAAAUAAAAGAAAGCAUGGUGAAAUUAAGCCAAUUGUAUAUUUUUCUUAUCCACCUGAGCAGCUGCUAGCUGAAGCUGAAGCAAGUGAGAGAAGCUGAACAAACAACAAAUGAAUCCAAGAAAUAAAUAAGAGCUGAAAUAGGGAGUGCCUUUUGGGAUUAUGGGUAUCCAGGAAAAGUCAAAAUGUCAAAAUGAUAUUGAACUACAUAGUGAGGACAAGAUUGAAUUACCAAUAAUUUACUAUGUGUAUUGGCUGAUAUGACUGUAACUUAAAUCCUUUCUGGAGAAAAGAUAUAAAGGUAUAGGCACCAAAGACACCAUAACUAUUUUUGAAAAAUUAAUAACUAUCCUUCUCAAUUUAAAGGAACAAUCUCAACAAAUUAUACGUUAUUAUUGAACUUGGAAUUAGGUAACCUCUAUUAAUAGUGACUCUUCUUGAUAGCUAGCUUAUGUACUACUUGCAGACUCAAGGGCUCUUUAUCUUAAAAUACCAACUACUAAGAAGCAAAUUGAAAAAGCAAUUUACAUUUAACUUCUACACUUCUGCUUUUACUUUUGCUUCUAAUUGGUUGACAACUAUUACAUACAAUGCUGGAUGCUGGAUCCUGUAUAGGCCUCCAGUUAAAUCUGUUAAGUUCUGUGUAUUUAAGAUUUCCAAAAAGGAAUAUUCUGUGAAAUUUUAUUAUACAGUCAAUGUUUCAUAUAUGCAAUUAUGUGUAGGCUGGAAGGCCAAUAUUAAGGUUUCACAUACUACUGACUUUCAGAUGAGUGAAAAGCACUUUCUGGAUACAUGCAGGAGAUGCGGCUACAAUAUGAAUUUCACUAAAAAGGUCUAUAAUUUAAAAAUAAUAUUUUACUUGGAUUGGUACUUUGUAUGUGAACUUACUUUCUAAUACUGAUGAAACAGCCAUGUUCAGAAACUCUCUUGUCAUUGCCUUGGUCAAAAAUAAGGUUCCUUUAAUCUUAUUUGAUGGGCAAAUAUUGUAUUUCUCCCUGCUUGUUUAGAAAACUAGCAGAAAGCCUACACCAAUUAUAUUUCAUUGUGAUACCUUGCAUUAUUGUCAUAGCUGACAGUUCAUUUUCCUGCUGUGACCUAUUUUUAAAAAAUCUGGUUAGAUGUAAUGAACAAUAUUAAACAUGUUGUCUUCAAUAAUUAAAACAAUUCCAAAUGUC